AUGGCGGGAGAUCCCGAACAAAUACAGAAACAAGUACUUGAGAAACAUGCAGAAAAGUUUCCUUCAUCAUACCUAGACGUGGUCCGGCAUGCUGAUCUUUCAACGUUAACAUGGGCACCGUUGAAGUUUAGGCAGCCAUGGGGGAUCAUAUUUGGAAAGCUAAGCAAAGGAAAUGUGACAGUAGCUGGUGAUGCUAUGCACCCCAUGACUCCUGACCUAGGACAAGGCGGUGGUUCAUCACUAGAAGAUGCUGUGGUAUUGGGCAGACACGUUGGCAAUUCAGUUAUAAACAAUGGAGGGCUGAUUGUUCCAGGAGACAUGGCUAAAGCCAUAGAUGAUUAUGUGAAGGAAAGGAGGUGGCGUGCUGCUUUUCUUGUCACAGGAUCAUAUUUAUCAGGAUGGGUGCAGCUAGGUGGAGAUAAAUGGUGGAUGAAAUUUUUAAGGGAUGGAGUAUUUUACAAGUAUCUUUUUGGCAGGAUUUCCGGACUUGUGCAUACAGAUUGUGGCAAACUUCCUGCUAUGUCCUUCGGUGAUAUGGAUCACUCAAGUAAGAAGGACUAG